AUGAACGGAAGCGAGUUAGAGGAGGCUGAUGUGAUCAAUGCCCCGGUGGUGCUGCUGAUGAUGAGUGAGAGACAGAGGAAGGGGAGUUUGUAUAGGAAGAGUCAAAGCUCGUUUGAAUUGGACAAACUAUCCUCACCAACUACAAAGAAUGAUAACAACAGCAACCUCAAUCACAACAACAACAACAACAACAAAAUAACCAUCAGCAACGACGAUGAUGAUGAUGAUGAAGACGAGGGAACUGACGAUCGGUUUCAAAUAACAAACUUUGGAGUAAACAGUGACGUCAACAUGUUGAAGAUUGCCAACAACAUCCACAACAACAUCAACAACAACAACAACAUGAUGCCAAAGAAUUCCAGUUUCAACGACUCUCUGAUAUAUUACUCUUCAGUCAGGAAAACCAUCAACAACAUCAACAAAACAUCAACCUUGCCGACAUUUACUAGCAACAACAACUCAGCAAUUACUCAACAACAACAACAACGUCAACAACAACAUCAACAGCAACAACAUCAACAGCCGCUAGUCACAUCAGCAGAAGAUUUGAUAACAUUCGGGAGUAGUGACAGCAGUUGCAUAAGCAUUGAGUUUGAUCCACUGAAACAACAACACUCAACUGCAAGUUUAAACAGCAACAACAGCCACAACAACAACACAAACAUCGCCAACAUUAACGCAACAAUCACCAACAACGACGAUACCUUCAACAACAACAAAACAUCAUCAACAACAACAACAGACGAAGGACCACCGUUAGCGCCAAUAAGGCCUUCACGAAUGAAACCAGUCGCCCGAGUCACGAGACCCGUCAACACCAUUUCGACUGACCUCCUCCCUUCAACAACAGUCCCCCACCAACAUAUGCCCCCUCAAUUGGCUCCCCCUCAAUUGACUCCCCCCCAACCCAUGCCCCGUCGACGCGAUACCACCAACACCAGUUACAACCACCAUCGCGUCAAUACUUACAUGUCACAGAGCAGCGCCCACUCAAGAAAUGGUGUCGUCAUCAGUGAUUGGAUCGAUUGUGUGGCUACCGAUGCGGCUACUGCAGCUACUACUGUUGCUGUGACCGCUACAGCUGCUACCACAUCUACAGCUACUACCGUUGCAGCCCCCAUUGCUGGUAGUGGUGCUGAUGAGAAAGCUAGCCAAAACUACGUUGAUGUCAUUUUUGAUUUGAAUUGUUUGGUCAAGAGCGUUAAUGAUAAGUUGGGCGACAACAAUAGCAUUAACAGCAGUAACACUUCUAACAACAAUAACAACAAUAAUAACACUAACAAAACCAAACAAGGGAGCACAGCAGUCAUCAAUGCUACGACAAACAUCCCUCCAAACGUUGCAUCAUCGACAUCUUUUCUCCCGACAACAACAUCAUUCGCAGCAACAACAAAAACAUCAUCAUUAUCACCACCUCGUCAAACUCGUCAAUCAUUGGCUGAGCAGAUCAAACAGGCUCGGACUGCUUUCAUCCAAUCAGAUUUGACCAUUCCAAUUCCGCCGCCAGGAUUCGACAGUUUCGAUCCCCUGUCAACUGGUCAGCUGAUAAUCGACGACCAAUCACGUUCGGGUAGUACAAAUAGUGACCAAUCAAAACUGUCCAUUUUUCAUUUAGAACCGUCGCAAAGAUCAUCAGCUGACCUCAACCAAGCCUCAAGACUGGACGACCAGCUACUUAAAGAAUGGAACCUUCUCACUCUGACGUCGUCGACGAACGCAACAACCACUACUACCAAUACUACGACAUCCUUACAACCACAGCGGCCUGUGACGUCAUACCAGUACAACAAAUCAAUGCCUGAUCUGGUCAGCCAACUACAGCAACAACAACAGUUACAUCAACAACCGCAUCAUAACAUCAAUAACAGUAGCAAAAUGUUAACACAACAACAACUGCAACAGCUAUACACGCAACGACAAAUGCCACCUCAGUAUCAACAACAGCAACACCAACAACGGCCAAACUCACGAUUCUACUUGAAGCCGCAACUGGUACCUUAUCCCUGUCGAAUACAGUCGUCAACUUCCUCUCCAACCAACACACAAUACCAGAUCAGCAACAUGAUCCGAAUGCCGAACUACUUCUCACCCGACUUCUCCCCGACCACUCAGAAAUAUUCUACACUUCCGCAUUUUACCGUUCCGACCCGAUUCUACGCCAACUUAUUAUACGAUAAAAAUACCCUUACUACUAAUACCGACUCGAAUACGAAUAGCGGUAUCGGUACGUUACUAUUCGGCGCUCCGUCGUUUGAAGCUCGAUCAGUCGCUAGAAAGUUAUGCGCUAUGUCAACUAAUAAUACAACUAAUAAUAAUAAGGAUAAUACAAAUAAUAAUAAUAAUGUAAACAACAAUAAUAAAAAUAAUAAUAAGGAAUGGGAGACAUUUGACUGA